AUGGUUUCAAACGAAAAAAUUAAAAAAGUUAUUACUAUUUCAGAGAAUAUAAGAAAUAUUUCUAUAGUUGGGCAGAUUAACAAUGGAAAAACUUCAAUAUUUAAAAGGUUAGUUAAAAAAGCGGGCGUGGUUAACGAUGGUACUGUGGUCGAAGAAGAUAAAUUAAAUAGUGAAAUAAAUGAAAUUACAACCAAACUACAAUUCAAUUCAAUUUUCUUUACAGAGUUAUCUAAAGAAUAUUAUAUAAAUCUAAUUGAUACACCAGGUCAUUUAGAUUUAAAGGCCCAGGUAGUGGCAGGACUUCGUAUUACCGAUGGAUCAUUGUUUGUAGUCGAUGGCUUCGAGGGAUUCAGUUUUGGGGGUGAAUCCAUUGUACGUCCAUUAAUAUCUGAAAAUAAUAAACCCACCCUGUUUAUCAAUAAAUUAGACCACUUUUUCAUUGAUCCACAGAUAGAAUUAGAGCAAGUUUAUUUGGCACUCGAUAAAUCAGUCGAUUUAUUUAAUGUUAAUAUCGAGUGUUCCGCUUUCAGCACGGAUUUUAGUGUCGACCCAAAGAAUGGUUCUGUGGCAUUUGGUUCUGCUUUGGAUGGAUGGGCAUUUAGAUUAGAUAGUUUUGCAAAUAGAUACUCACAAAAACAUAACAUUCCAAAACAAUCUCUAUUGAAACGUCUCUGGGGUAACAAUUAUUAUGAUGAUACAACAAAGAAGUGGACAUCAGAUCCAAUCUCAUCAGCAAAUGGUUCAAAAUUAGAAAGAUCUUUUUGUCAAUUUAUACUGCGUCCAAUUUAUCAAAUAAUAAGAGCAAUUAUGGAUGAUGAUAUGGUAAAGCUAAAACAGAUAAAUGAAUCUUUAAACAUCAAGAUUUCAGAUCAGCAAUUGGAAGUAUUAAAGGGAAAAGAAUUAGUAAAAGAAGUCCUUUGCCUAUUUUUACCAUUAGAAGAAACAGUUUUAUCAAUGAUGGCUAAUAACAUACCAUCACCAUUGUAUGCACAAAAAUAUAGAGUUAAUGGACUAUAUGAAGGUUCAAUGGACGAUGAAUAUGCAAAAUCAAUUUCAUUUUGCAAUAGAGAUGGUCCACUGGUAAUUUUUAUUUCAACAUUAUCAGUAAAUAGUUUUGGUCAAAUAAAUGCAAUAGGUCGUAUUUUUUCAGGAACUAUUAAAAAAAGUGAAAAAAUUGCAAUUAUUAAUAGAAAAAAUGAAGUUUUUACAACAGAUAAAUAUGGCAUCAAUCUAAUAAUCAAUAAUGAUUCAAAUAUGGAAAUAGAUGAAUGCACUUCCGGAAAUAUUGUAUGUUUAUCAGGUUUAAAAAGUUCAUGUUUAUCAAAUUCGUUUACAGCCACAUCAGGUUUAGGAAAAUCUCGCAAUAUUAUUCGUUAUAUAAAACUCCCAACCUAUCCAAUUUUAAGUAAAUCCAUCAGCCCAAAUAGUCCAAAUGAUCUUCCUGCUCUCAUGGAGGGCUUAAAAAAGCUAGCUGUUAUUGAUCAAGUGGCCAACAUUUCUUUUGAAGAAACCGGUGAAAUUUUAGUGUGUGGUACGGGUCAAUUUCAUUUAAAUGUUUUGUUCAAGGUUUUAAAAGAAAUAUUCAUUCCAUCAGUUGAUAUUAAUAUAUCAGAUCUUAUCAUACCCUAUAGAGAAUCGGUUAGCCAAGAAUCUUCUUUAGUUUGUUGCGCCAAAUCACCAAAUAAACACAGUAGGGUUUACAUGAAGGCACAACCACUUCAAAUCGAUGUGGCAGUUGAUAUUCAAGUUGGUAGUUUAGAUCCGUCAAAAUAUAGCCAAAAAGAAUUUAGUGAUAAAUUGUGUAAGGAUUAUGGUUGGGAAAAAUUAGACAUAAAAAAUAUUUGGGCUUUUGGACCAGAGGAUUUAAAUACAAAUUUAUUUAUGGGGUCAAUCCAACCUAUGGAUCUUCAAGAUAUAAAAGAUGGAUUAAUACAGGCUUUUAAUUGGGUUAUUAAAGAGGGUCCUAUUUGUGGAAAUAAGUUAUGGGGAGUUCGUUUUAAUCUAGGCGAUGUUUAUAAAAAUCAAGUUCCUAUAGUAAGAGGAGGUUAUUCAUUUGUAAUUCCAACAACUCGUCGUGCUCUUUACGCUUCACAAUUAUCGGCUUCACCAGUUCUGCUCGAACCAAUUUAUAACAGUCAAAUUAAUGUUCCACACGCUAUAUCCCAAGAUGUCUUUAAUCUAGUAAAACGAAAAAGAGGUUCAAUUAUCACCGAAUAUCCAUCUCGAAAUAGUCAAAAAUCAAGUGUUAUUAUUCAAUUGCCAGUUAUUGAGUCUGUUGGUUUUGAAAAUGAAUUAAAGCAACUAUCAGAUAAAACCUUUAAUCAACAUAUAUUCAGUCAUUGGUCACAAAUAGGUGGGGUUGUUGGUAUUGAUGAUAUUUCGACCAACAUUGCUAUGAAUAUUCGAACAAAAAAAGGUUUACCUCCAACUAUACCAUUAUAUACAGAAUAUCAUGAUAAACCAUAA